AUGGACGUGUGGGAGCCGUCGCUCCCAGGCGCCGGCGCUCAGCGUGCGGUGCUGGUGGUGCAGCUGUACAUGCGCAUAGGGAACUACAACCCAAUGUCUGUCCUCGUCGCGGAUGCUCUGUGCGUGACGUUCAAGGCGGGCGGCGCGACAGUGGCGGAACUCGGCGCGUAUUUGGGCCUGCAGCCAGACCGCGUGGAGGCCGGCAUCGAGGGGAUGCCAAAGGAGAUGUACUGCACGUCGUCGCAUUUCCACCAACACGACGUGAGUGUUGAGGAGCGGGGGAAGGGCAGCACCAAGCGGGGUCGGCAAGACGGCACAGAAGAGAGUGCGCUGCGGUUCUACAUCAACUAUGCCACAGCCUUGCCGUUCGCCUUUGCCCACGGCACGCACAUGCUGCUGGCUCUUUGUCAACUUCCCGUGCCACAGGCCGGUGGUAAUGGGGAGCUCAGCGUCGAAAUUGCCACGCUUAACGUGUCGCCAACACUUUGGCGUGUGGACUCUGGGCGAGGUCUGUGCUGUGCGUCCUGUCGCUACUGGAUGGCGUUGAAGGACUUGCGGUCGACCAUCUCGCGGUGCCCUCUUUGUCAGGCGGACAUUCUCUCUAGUGUGCUAUGCGCCAUAAAGGCUCGCUAUGAGGAGAAGUUGGCAAGGGGCCAGCCGCUGUUGACAUUUGGACCCCUGCAGCAGCAGCGCACGGGGACUUCUGUGAAGGCGGAAGAAACAGCAAAUGACCCUUCAUCAAAAGUGGCUGGCGAGGACGCUGCAGCCUAUCCUCUGGCGCGCGACCCCUUUCUUGUUCAACAGGGACUCUUCUUUCACUUCUUAUACUCUCGUCCAUUCGUCUGCGUCAAUGAUGCGGCCUUCGUAGUAGACCCAGAUGAGGUGAUGACGAAGGAGGAGUAUGAGCACCGAUCGAAGCACCGUGCAACCGUGCUUGAUCAGUUUCGUCUUGUGCAUCGAAACGCUGGGGCCAUUCGUGUCAAGUGUCUUGAUCAGGAGAAACUCGAUAUGGAAAAGUGCAUGGCGAGUGUCAUGAAAGUUGCGAAGCGGGCGCAGCUACCACCUUGGCUGCGUUCCGUGUCUCUUUAUCCCGAGGGCGAUGAAUUACCAUUACCAGGGGUGCCAGAGGAGGAAAACACUAUGAAUGUCGUGGAUGGGCAAACACGAAAGCGGGUCAGACGGCAAUUUGAUGUGGCGGCCACUGCGAAGUACAUAGCGCGGGAGUUUUUCGACAACGACUACGACGAAGUGCCGCUGCGGAACGCCCAACCCGAAUAA